GUUGAGGAACCAAAUUCCAUUUAGAAUUUGCCUCAAGUUUUUGGUUAUAAAAGUAACAGUACAACAAACAACAUUCCAAGAGCUUAACCACAUUCCAUACAAUGAAAAUUUCUCGCAGUUUCCUCUUUAUGAUCAUAACCACAUCCCUAUGCUAUCAAACCAUAGCUCAACCAGACUUUUACCCAUCAUGUUACACUGAUAAUGGAAACUACACAACAAACAGCACAUAUCAACACAAUCUUAACAAACUUUUAUCAACUCUCACUUCCAACACAGAAAUCACCUAUGGUUUCUACAAUUUCACCGAUGGCGUAGACAACGACAAAGUAUACGCCAUAGGAUUAUGCAGAGGAGAUGUUAAUCCACAAAACUGUCGUAAAUGUCUCAACAAUUCAAGAUAUCUUCUAACACAAAAUUGUCCAAACAAAAAAGAAGCAAUUGGUUGGAUUGACGAAUGCAUGUUGCAUUACUCGCAUCGAUCAAUAUUCGGACUGAUGGAAACAACACCUGGAUUUUCUAUGUGGAGUCCAUAUAACGCAACAGAUGUGGAUGAAUAUAAUAAAGUGUUGGGAAAAUUGUUGUAUGAUUUGAAAAAUGAAGCUUCAUCUGGUGAUUCUAUGAAAAAAUUUGCUACGGCGAAUGUUUCAGGUCCGAAUUUUCAGGAUAUAUAUAGUCUUAUGCAGUGUCCACCUGAUGUAAGUUCUAUGGAUUGUAAUCAAUGUUUAGAUGAAGCUAUUGCUCGUCUUCCAUCUUGUUGUGAAAAUAGGAUUGGUGCCAGAGUUGUUAGAGCAAGUUGUACUCUUAGAUAUGAAAAAUAUAGGUUCUAUGAACUUACCGGUCAACCGCGACAGCCGCCACCACCACCUAAUUCACCAUCCACUAAUAACACUUCCUCUCAAGGUAAAGCUCAUACACCAAGAAUUAUAACAAUCAUAGGAAUUCCGGUUGUUAUUGUUGUUUUGGUUCUCUGUUUCAUCUGCAUCUAUUUACGACUACGAUUGAAGAAGCCCAAUAAAACUACUAAAAUUCCGUCAGACGCUGAGGAUGAAAUUACAACCUUUGAGUCAUUACUAUUCGACUUUGACACUAUUAGAGUUGCUACGAAUGACUUCAAUGAUUCUAAUAAACUUGGAGAAGGCGGAUUUGGAGCUGUUUAUCAGGGAAAACUCUUGAAUGGACAAGUGAUUGCUGUCAAAAGAUUGUCCAUGAAUUCUGGCCAAGGAGAUAUAGAAUUUAAGAAUGAAGUGCUUUUAAUGGCCAAACUUCAACACCGAAAUUUAGUUAGACUACUUGGUUUUACUAUUGAAGGGAGAGAAAGACUACUUGUCUAUGAGUUUGUUCCUAAUAAAAGUCUUGACUUCUUCAUAUUUGAUCCAAUAAAGAAAACACAGUUAGAUUGGGAAAAACGCUACAAAAUCAUUCAAGGUAUAUCUCGAGGUGUUCUGUAUCUUCAUGAGGACUCUCGACUCCGUAUUAUACACCGCGAUCUUAAAGCAAGCAACAUUCUCUUAGACGGAGACAUGAAUGCUAAGAUAUCCGAUUUUGGCAUGGCAAGACUAAUUCUGGUGGAUCAAACACAAGCAAAUACAAGUAGAAUUGUUGGAACUUAUGGAUAUAUGGCACCUGAGUAUGUAAUGCAUGGAGAAUUUUCAGUGAAAUCCGAUGUCUUUAGUUUUGGUGUACUAGUUCUCGAGAUUAUAAGUGGACAAAAGAACAGUGGUAUUCGUCAUGGGGAUGAUUCAUUGGACCUAUUGAGCUUUGCAUGGAAAAGUUGGAGGGAAGGAACAGCUGCAAGUAUUAUUGAUUCAUCACUAUACAACAGUUCAAGAAAUGAAAUCUUGAGAUGCAUUCAUAUUGGUUUACUUUGUGUUCAAGACAAUGUAGCUAAAAGACCAACCAUGUCCACUGUUGUACUCAUGCUAAGUAGCUAUUCUCUCAGUCUUUCUAUACCUUCAGAACCUGCAUUUUUUAUGGGCAGUAGAACUAGAAGCCUUCCAGAAAUGAGGCUGUGGGAAGAGAACUCAGGGACAACAAAAUCAAGCCAAUCCACAACCAAAUCAGAUCGUGAAUCAUUUAAUGAGGCUUCAUUUACAGAUCCAUAUCCUCGUUAGGUCUUAGAAUUUAUAAUAUGUUCCUGCAAAAUCUUGCUUAAACAAACUACUUGGCAUAUCCUAUUUGUAAAUCAUCGUUCUAUUUGUCUUAAAGUGUUAUCUUUUGCACCAUUACUAUUUGCAACUAUAGUGAUUUUUUUUGUCUUGACCCUUCUUUCCUAGGACAAAAUUAAAGGUCCUAAUGAUUUGAAGUUCGGCUGAGAGGUAAGUAAGACUUGACUAAGGAUUGUUCCAGCCAAGGAUCAAAUUAUGUUAUUUCCGAUCAAUUCAACCUUAUUUGCAGCUCA